CUCUCCAUCCAAUUCAUAAUUCAUGGCGACCACCGGCGCCGCCGCGGCCACGGCCACCACCGAGAUUGGUAACGCAGAAUACAAACAGCCUCGAUCGAUAUUUGACUUGACGGCAGAUUUCUUUGACUCGUGUCGGCUGUCGUAUCCUUCUGAGACUCAAUCCGCAUAUUUCCGGUUAGGACCACCCAAAACUUUCGAUCCAGAGGAGGCGGAGGAUAAGAGUUCCAAAGACGGCGUGAUUUUGGACAGAUGGACGUGUAAUACUUGUAAAAUUGAGUUCCUGUCUCUUCAAGAUCAACGCUACCACUUCAAGUCCGAUAUUCAUCGCCUUAACAUCAAGCUGAGUGUUGCUGGCAAGGCUAUAUUGAAAGAGGAAGACGUUGAUGAGUUGACAUCUGAGUCGGUCCAAGACUAUGACGUGUCUAGUAUAUCAGGAUCAGAGGACGAAGCUGAGACUAGUAGGCCCUCUUUCCACUUUGAUGCUCAAAAGGGUAUCGAUAAAAAGAAACUAUUUUUCCGUCUUCAAAGUGGUGACAAAGUUUCUAUCUGGAAAAGCUUAAUCAUGGACGACGCUGAAACUGUUUCGUUCGACAAUGACAGAGGAGUUUCUGUCGAUUGUUGUGGUAGCUUGACCGAGAAUCAAGUGACUGAGAGGUUGAGAAAUUUGAUUCGCGAGAAUACAGAUGAUAGGAAAAUGUGUGUAGUGUUGCUUGCUAGUGGUGGCCACUUUGCCGGUACUGUCUUUAAUGGAAAGUCGGUUGUGGCUCAUAAGACAUUCCACAGAUAUGUUGUAAGAGCCAAGGCUGGUAAAAAGCAGUCCACAAAAGAUGGAAGCGGGAGGAGUAUACACUCUGCCGGAGCUUCACUUCGUCGCUACAAUGAACUUGCUUUAAAAAAGGAUAUUCAAGAGCUACUUGCUAGCUGGAAGCCUUAUUUUGAUAGUGCUGCUUGUGUUUUUGUCCAUGCUCCCUCAAGCAGUAGGCAAUUACUUUUCAAUGGAGGCAAACCGUACUUUAGCAGCCAAAACUGUGCUGUACGAAACGUACCAUUUACGAUCCGGCGGCCAACCUUCAAGGAAUCACAGCGUAUAUAUAAUCAGUUGACUCAGAUUGCACAUGUAACUGAGGAGAUUUUUGUUAAUCAACCGGAAGACACCAAAGCUAAUACAGUGGUGCAGACCCAUAAUGAGGAUUCUAGUGAAACCUCAAGAAAGGAAGAGCCCGAUGAAACUUCGUCUCCCAACAUAAUCUUAGAGGAACCAAAUCGUAUAGAAGAGGAUCUCGGGGAUGGAGUUACUGGUACGUCAACUCCCUUACAUGAAGCUGCCAAAUCUGGUGAUUGUGGAAGAGUUCUGGAGUUCUUGGAGGAGGGUAUGGACCCCUGUGCUAAGGAUGAAAAAGGCAGAACGCCAUACAUGCUAGCAAAUGAGAAGGAAGUAAGAAACACUUUCAGACGGUUUAUGGCGUCAAACCUUGAAAAAUGGAAUUGGCAUGAUGCUAAAGUACCCAGCCCGCUCACAAAAGAGAUGGAGGAAUCUCAAGCUGCCAAGCAGGCAGAAAAAGACGCCAAGCAGAAAGCUAGAGCAAAAGAGUUGAAGAAACUACGCAAAGCCCGAGAAAAGAAGGCUCAAGCCGAAGCUGCGCAGGCUGAGAAGGAGAAGCCAAUCUCUAAAGUGGAGGAAGUGAGGAGAGCAAUGGCAGCACAGAGGGAAAAGAGAGCAGCCGCUGCAGAAAGACGGAUGGCAUCACUUAACAUUCAAAGCACUUCAACCACAAAUUAGUUUCCUACUAAAACUUUUGAGUGAAU